CGGGUAAGAGCAGAAGAAAAUGGCAGCGCUGUUAGAAGGUGAACAAUAUGGACUCACUUCAACAGCUUCUCCUGGGGCCCACAUUAGUGUAUUACACGUAAAACUUACAGAUUCAGCACUGAAAGCAAUAGAUGAAUACAACAAGAUCAAGAACCGGAUCUCAAGGAGGCCUAGUAUAAAAUUUGUAGGGAGUGAUGGCGUUAUUAAGGUGCCAAUCGGCAAGUCGUCUCAGGACCCUGAAGGGGUGCGUAACUUCCAGUUUGCCAUGGCUAACCUUACAGUUGAUGGGAAGGGAAGCUUUGAUGCUAUACAGCAGAGCAGGUAUAACGACCUGAAGCUCCUGGGUAGCAUGACUCAAAAGAUCACUGUGAAAGCAAACGAUGACAUCUAUACAACCACUAAGCAGCGAAUGACCAUGGUCAAAGAGGAAGCUGACAAACAAUGUGCCAAAGAAAUUAAGAUGUCGGGGCAACACAUUAGCAAGAAAAUUAAGCGUGUUAUAAAUCCUGCAAGUGUGAAACUGCCAACACCAUCAUAUUCCGCCAUACAGGGACGAAUCUCAAGUUCGACCCAUGAGAAACCGCAACCAUUCAAAGGUCAUCCUAUGAGGACGUCAUCUCCCAACUCAUCAGUACAAAGCAGUAGUGGCCAAAGUGUAGGGUCGCAUGUACAGCGUAAUGAGAACACCAGCAGUGGUCAUGGUAUAGGGGGACCCCAUGGUGCACAUAGACCUUCCAGUUACCCGUCCUCAAAGAAGUCUGACGUAACCAGUAUGCCUUUUAGGGACCGUGUCAUCCAUCUGUUGGCUUUGAGGUCAUACAGAAGGCCUGAAUUGCUAGCUAGGCUACAUAGAGAUGGUAUCAGGGACAGAGAUAGAAAUGCAGUGGAUAGUGUAUUAAAUUCAGUCGCAAGCCUGAACACUCGAGACAACUCCUACAGCCUAAGUCGCAGUCUCUACCAAUCAGAUGUCAAACAGGACUGGCCUUUUUACACUGAAAUAGACAAACAGCUGCUUAAAAGGCGGUUGAAGGACCUGGCCAAGAAAUCUGAUUCUCCCGCCCCCUCCCCUACAGCAAGUACUGGUAGCUGUAGCCCAGUCAAGGUGGAGUCAAGUCAAGUUCCUAGUCAAAAGCGCAGCUAUAAUGGUCAGUCCGAGUACACCAAUGUGCCUAAGAAGCAGCGUGUAGCCCAUGUGCCUCCAAUGCCACUGAACACUCAUAACAACAAUAACGUGCCAGAGAACCAUAACCCGCCUGUCAAACCUGCAGACACCAACAAACCUGCCAGGCAAGAGGGCAAGAAAGACUGGCUGAAAGAGAGUGAGAAAUAUGCUGCAUCUUCAACUUCAGAAACCCCGGACUACAUUAGUAAUUAUACUGCAAUUUCCACUGGGGAUCAACGUCAAAAGUACAAGAUGGUCUUCAACAAAGAGUAUGAGGAGUAUAUGAGAAUGCAUGAAAAUAUCGCUAAAAUUGUUAAGAAGUUUGGUGAUUUUGAACAGCGACUGAAAAAAUAUGAAGAAGGAACAGAAGAUUAUGAACGUAUAAAGAAGCAGAUCUUACAUGAAUACCACCUGAAUAAGAAAGACCCUAAAUAUAUUGAGCAAAAAAAGCGCCACGAUUUCCUGCAUAAAAAACUUGGCUAUAUAAAGAAACUAAUAUUAGAGUAUGAUCAACGUGAGAUGUAUGAAAACUCUUAGCAUUUGCCUAACCAGAGUUUUAGAUAGAAGAAUGGAUGGAUGAACAUAUACUAGAUGUUUUCUCUUGAUUGUUUAAAAUAUGAGAUCUGAGAUACAAGACUGUUCCACUUUUUCCAAAGGAACUUAAACGACACUACAUACGAUCAAAUAAUCAAGGGAAAAUGUUGGGUAAUCACAUAGUGCAAUGGACUAUCGACCAACUACGCCAUCUUUCAUUGAAAGCCACCACUAAACUACAAAUCGUUCUUCAUGUUUUUUUCAACUUAUCAUUAUCAUCGAGCGUUUUGUAUCAUCGUUUAUCAUUUUGUUGUGUGUCAUCUAGACUUUUGUAACAUCUAAAGUCAUAAUUCUUUAGCCAAGUUGACCUCCAUUCUGAUACUGAUGGUUGACCUUGGUUAGAACUAAAAUUUAUCCCACCAAAACCAGAAUUUAUUUUCUUAUCCUUACAUCUGCUGUAAUUUUGUUCAAUGUUUACUUAAAUCUCGAUUUUUAAAUCCCAUUUUAAAAAUACAUGUAGAUUUCAUUAUCGAGAAAUGUGCUCGCUCAGCAUGGAUUGACUGCUGUGCAAGAAGGUUUAGACUGACUGUUUUUCCUUUCUCAUUGUACGCUCUUCACCGUGAGGAAGUAAAAAUGCUAUCUAACCGUUUUAGUCACCUUAUUCAACUGAAACCGAAUUUUGCUUUAACUGAAAUUGAAUUUUGCUUCAAAACAGUGCACUACAACAUUACAAAAGGUUAAUAUUAACUUCAUUAUGAAGUGUAACUAUUUUCAACUUCAAAGCGAUACAAUGGAUUUUUGUUUUAUGAGUUUCUUUUAAGUCAUCCUCCUAAGCAGGUAUCCA